AUGGCAGACAACCAAGAGCAUGUUGCCAAUGCCGUCCAAAUUCAAAAAACAAUGGACUAUGGCUCGGGGCCAGGAGACCUCCCUGGCAUGGCUGACAUAGCGGUCGCCCAGAUCAAGGCCUCAGCUAUGUUUGCGCACCCGUGGCAGCAGCUUCUCGGUUCCGCCCCUGUUGCUAUCAACUCUACCGGAUUGGCCUUCGUUGCUGCUACAUCUGACACCGCAGCGACAAUCGAGCUUGACCCCCCAAAAGGCGGUUUCCAGUAUCUCCACUAUAAGUCCCUCCGUGCCAAUCUCACUGAAUGCGGUGACAUGGGAACGAAGGCCUUCCUCGCCGCUGAUGGCGGAAUGCUGUAUAUCCACAGUGUUGCUUCCAUGAUUCCUGAUAGGGUAAAUGGUAUCAUGGAAAUCAUAAUCGAUCCCAUUAGCGCUCAGAGAAUGCUCAAAGGAGCUCUCCUGAGCAUUAAAAAGAGCGCUGAUGACUGCUACGACAGGGCCAAGACGAUUGACAAAGGAUUCAAUGACUGGAUGCUGUACGCGACGGAGUUGUAUGCUUGCUGCGUGCAAAAAGAAUCGACUGCCGAGGAGCAACUGUCAAAAACGAAACUCCAGAUGCUGGCAGCGCAAAACAUUUUAAAAACUGAUGAGGUCAAUGUCAAGAAUCAGAAAGAGGCAACACGGACGUUCAAGAAGCAACUUCAAAUGGCGUCAAGCGUUUACAAGAAAGCUUCCGAUGACUUCCCAAGUGGGUGGGAUCUUGUGGGCCAGGAAAUAGUUGGUAAGCUCGGAGAUACCGUUAUCACUGCCCUUGGCCAGUUGGCCACAGCAUACACGGAAAACAUGAACUAUACUGCUCGAGCAGAGGAGGCAGAGAAGAUGUUCAAGGAUUUCAACAAGAAGGGCGGAAAUGACAAUGGGAGCGGGAAUACGCCUCUCCCAACCCCUGAACCAAAAGCAAAGGUUCCCCUGCCUCAGGAUAGCACUGACCCUGCCUAUGUGCAAAUUAAGCCAGCAAUCGUUUAUCUCCGUGUGCUAUAUUCCAUCCUAUUCAAGGGACAGGGAGGUGGUAUCAAUUGGGACGAAGUUUCCACGACUACUGGCUCGGGAUCAAAAUCACUCUUGUACACUCUGCAGAUGCUCAAGAAUGCUCGUGAUCAAUUCAUCGAAGUGGCCACCGACAAGGAUCCAAGCGUCAAGUUCAAGAGUGUCCUUCAAACUUCUAUUCAGAUCGCUACCGAGGUUUACAACCUCGGUGGGAAGGGUAGUAUGAAAGAUCUCCCGGGCCCGGAGGACGAGAAGGUCAAGAAGUGGCAGCAAGAUUUUAACCCUGCAUACAACGAUGCAAAUGAGUUGUUUGCGGUGUCCAAAGCCCUUCCUGGCUCAACAGGCACCGAGACAAUUAUGGCCAACCCCAACAAGCAAAAAACUCAGGACCCAGAGAUGGCACAAGGCCAGGCGGUGCUCGAGGCCGCCAAAGAUCGAUUGCACACGACCCAGCAAGCCUAUACUUCAUCGUUGAAAGCUUACCAGGAUGCCACGAAAGCACUCACAAAAGACCAGAGCGAUCUGGCAGCGGCACAAAACAGGCUGCUGGAGCUUAACACUGAUGAAAAGAACCUUACAGCCAUAAAGACCAUCCUUGAGGCGUCCAUCCGUCUCAUCGCCGUCGUCAAAACCAGAGUUAUGGACCUGGUUACGUUUUUCAACUCGAUCAGUUUGACCAUCGAAGUGAUCGUUGAAGAGGUUGUGGAGGACUUCUUGAGGAAAAUCCAGGAGAAUGUGGCCAACAACGACCCAGAUGGCGAGUUGGACGACCUGAAGGUCGGCAAUUACAACUUCACAGACCUGGCCCGCACUCAAAUCUACAAGAGCGCCAUCUUCAUGCGAGCAUAUUUCGAGGUAUUUGGCGAGGUCGCCAAGAUGUGGUCGGACUUAUCUGUCCAAAGUAUCAUGCCAGGAAUCCAACUCCUGAACAGUAUCAGCUCUGGUAUCGCGGGACAGUUGGGCAAAGAUCCGAAAGAGUCCAGAGACCAGGUUAGGAACAGCGUUAGUCAACUGAACAAGUGGUUCACAGAUGCAAAAGCCAAUAUUGAGAAUCUCGCCGGAACUGAGCAAAAGAAGAUCCUCGAGCAGAUGGAUACUCGCAUUCAAAAGAUCGCGGAGGAUACCACGAAGUUGCCACCUCCAACAGAGACAACUGCAAAGGCUAUCAAUGCUGGUGCAGCUAAGGUCACGGAUGCGGCAAAAAAUGCAAUUGAAUUCAAUGCGGAUAAGAACCCCAUGGCUGUUUGGGUAAAGAAGUAG